CAAAGAAUGGACACCAUAUUUGCUUCGAUUUGCAACAAUUAAAACUUCUCUGUUUAGCACAAACAAGUUUUCUAACGAUGUAGGCCCAUAAGUUUCAAGUCGAUAAGUACGGAUUCAACAUUGAAAAUCCAUUUAACAAAUUGCGUGUGCUCAAAAUCAAACAAAACGCCCAGUCCCAAUGCAAAUUCCCCCGCAAUACUGUAGAAAGAAAGAUAGAAAGCAGAAACGAAUGCUUUCAAAAAAUGAUUUUCGCCCCCCUAUUAACGCCGGCCCUUCCCAAAAGAUAUGUCUGGCCCCCCCUAAUAGUCAUAACAAUAAUCCCAAGCCUAUUAUCCGGUCGAAAAAAGGUAUUCAUACACAACGAUGCCGGUUGCCUCCAUGUGUCUGUGAGCGAUCUGCCCGGCCGUUGCUCUAAUCAUCGUCCGUCAGCCGUCACAAACCCAUUCGGCAAACACGCACCACCUCGCUGUCCUGUCCGCCAGGACAAGCCCACGCCAGACACCCUUUUCGCUACACUUUAUAAUCGUUUCCCAUGUACCGCCGUCACUCGCGUCCUCGUCAGACCCGGCAGUCCUGCCGCCGACGCCCACUGCCCCGUUUCUUCG